UUGCUCUGUUUUCUUUGCAGUCAGGCUGAAGGUUUCAAAGAGAAAGGAAAUGCAUACUACAGCAAGAAAGAUUACUCCGAAGCUUUCAACUAUUACACGAAGGCCAUUGAUGCAUGCCCCAGGAAUGCCAGUUACUACGGCAACAGGGCAGCUACCCUCAUGAUGCUCAGUCGCUUCAGAGAAGCCCUAGAAGAUUCCCAGCAGGCUGUGCGUCUGGAUGACUAUUUCAUGAAGGGGCAUCUACGCGAGGGCAAGUGCCACUUGUCUUUGGGAAAUGGCAUGGCUGCUAGUCGCUGCUUUCAGAAGGUUCUGGAGCUGGAACCCGGCAAUAGAGAGGCCCAGCAGGAGAAAAAGAAUGCGGCAACACUUCUGGAGUACGAGCGGAUGGCUGAAUACGGCUUUGAAAAGCGGGAUUUCCGAAAGGUCGUGUACUGUAUGGACCGGGCCUUGGGCUUGGCUUCAGCCUGUCACCGCUUCAAAAUCCUGAAGGCAGAGUGUCUCGCCCUGCUGGGCCGCUAUCCAGAGGCCCAGUCGGUGGCCAGUGACAUCUUGCGAAUGGACUCCACUAAUGCUGACGCACUUUAUGUUCGAGGCCUGUGUCUUUACUAUGAGGACUGCAUUGAUAAGGCGGUGCAGUUCUUCAUCCAGGCCCUGCGCAUGGCACCGGACCACGAAAAGGCCCGGCUAGCCUGCAGGAAUGCCAAAGCUUUAAAAGCCAAGAAGGAAGAGGGCAACCAGGCCUUCAAGAACUGCAACUAUGAAGCUGCCUAUCAUCUGUAUACUGCAGCGCUGGCCAUAGAUCCCAACAACAUCAAGACCAACGCUAAACUCUACUGCAACAGAGCCACGGCGGGGGCAAAGCUGAAGAAACUUAAUCAAGCCAUUGAAGACUGUACCAGCGCGAUCAAACUAGACGACACUUACAUCAAAGCCUACCUGAGAAGAGCUCAGUGCUACACGGACACAGAGCAGUAUGAAGAGGCCGUACGUGACUAUGAAAAGGUCUACCAGACAGAGAAAACUUCAGAUCACAAGCAUCUGCUGAAGACCGCGCAGAUGGCGCUGAAGAAAAGCAAAAGGAAAGAUUACUACAAGGUGCUGGGCAUUGGCAAGAACGCCACAGAGGACGAGAUAAAAAAAGCCUACCGCAAACGGGCCCUCAUGCACCACCCAGAUCGGCACAGUGCGGCAACUCCAGAGGUGCAAAAGGAGGAGGAAAAGAAGUUCAAGGAGGUGGGCGAGGCCUUCACCGUCCUCUCAGACCCAAAGAAGAAGUUCCGCUAUGACAGUGGGCACGACCUGGAGGAUGACGGCUGCUUUGAUGGUGGAGGUGAAUACCCUUUUUAG